AAGUUCUCUGAAGAGGGCUGCGAGAUUUAACCCGUAUUUGAACAGUGAGAGCGUUCCACUUCCGACAUCAAUCGACAAAAUGUAUAGGUUUCUGUCCAUGGUAAUUGUGUUUGUCAGCAUUGUGGGCAUAUGCACUGGUAGUGAAGAUGAAAGCAAAGCUGUGUUGAUGAGAGACUAUGGGGUAAAACUGUGUGGCAGGGAGUUCAUACGAGCAGUAAUCUUCACCUGCGGAGGAUCCCGGUGGAAGAGAUCUGGACAGGUGGACUCACUUCAGAGCAGAAGUAAAAAUAAAUUCCUUCAUUCUUCCUGCGUUGUCUCUACAGACUCCUUCCGGGACCGGCAGAGUUGGCUGCAGAGCGCAUUGGCAGCGAUGGAACACCCGCAAAAGCUCGGCGCUUCGCUGGCAGACCUUCUGAAAGAGCUCGGAGACUCGAAUGACUACGAGACAGGGGCCGAACCGCGCCAGAAUGAGAAACCAGGGUGGGAGAGUAAGUGGAAACAGGGCCCAGCGAUGACGCUGGGGAAUAAUCCCACAAUCCCCUGGCCACGUCCCAACAGACAGAAGAGGAACUUCUCUUUGGGCCUGGCCGGAAUGUGUUGCAACCAGGGCUGCACCAAGAACGACAUUGGACGGCUGUGCUGAGAGGGCGGCAGUAGA